UCUCCGGCGUGGGCUCUUUGGACGGGAGGCAAAGUGGGCGAAAGUUUAUCUCACAGACCCGCUUGACGAGAUAAGAGCUCGCGAUUUUACUGGGCGUCACAAAAGGCGGGUUGGGUUUUGCCAAAAGACAAACCGCGAUAGCGUCACAGAGCACGACCAAAAAAACAAACAAAACCCAAAUCUCCGUUAUAUCUUCUGGCGUUAAAACGUCCGAUAACGGUUGCUUUGACGCUCUUUUUGUGCUUUUGGCAGGUAAAACAGCGAAGAGUCGAGAUGACAGCCGAGAAGCCGCACAGCCUUCUACGGGAGGCGUCUCAUCAGAUUGCUGCCGGCGGAUCCGCAGGUCUGGUGGAGAUUUGUCUAAUGCAUCCCCUGGAUGUUGUUAAGACAAGGUUUCAGAUCCAGAGGGGAUCCAGUGACCCAACCAGCUACAAGAGCCUGGGUGAUUGCUUCAGGACCAUCUUCCGGAACGAGGGCAUCUUUGGCUUCUACAAGGGAAUUUUCCCCCCGAUUCUGGCUGAGACUCCAAAGAGAGCAGUUAAGUUUUUCACCUUCGAACAGUACAAGAAGCUGCUGAAACUCACCCCUUUGUCCCCCGGUGUGGCACUGUCUGUGGCAGGGCUGGGAGCAGGUUUGACUGAGGCCAUAGUCGUCAACCCAUUCGAAGUGGUGAAAGUCAGUCUGCAGGCCAACAGAGAUUCUUUCAAAGAGCAACCCUCCACAUUUGCUCAAGCACGACGCAUCAUCAGUGCGGAUGGCUUUGGACUGAGAGGACUGAAUAAAGGGCUAACAUCUACGCUCGGACGCCACGGUGUUUUCAACAUGAUCUACUUUGGCUUCUACUUCAACGUCAAGGAUCUCAUGCCUGCCAGCCCGGAUCCUGGCUUAGAAUUCCUGAGGAAGUUUGCCAUUGGCCUGACGUCCGGCACUAUCUCCUCCAUUGUGAACAUUCCCUUUGACGUGGCCAAGAGCCGCAUCCAAGGCCCUCAGCCAGUGCCGGGAGAGAUCAAAUACCGCACCUGCUUCCAGACCAUGGGCUUGGUGUACCGCGAGGAGGGGUACCUGGCCCUCUACAAGGGUUUGAUUCCCAAGAUAAUGAGGCUUGGACCAGGAGGGGCGGUGAUGCUGCUGGUCUAUGAAUACGUGUUCGGAUGGCUGCAGAGCAACUGGUAGAAGGUUUAAAAGGAGAACCCACCAGAGUGCCUUCUGAAUAUUUGUCUCAAAUCCAAGACAUGUGACUUAAGCCGGUGCCAGACCAAAGUUUUUUGUUUACUUAGUAUUUACGAUACUAUUGUGCAUGUUACACAAGUCCACUAAAACUGACAAUCACACCAACAAGGAAUUAAACAUGAAGAAAUAUCCGUCGUAAGCCUUUUUUGGGGAUUUUUAAGCCAAAAACUUCUUUCUUCUGAAACGAGGGAAAAUCUGCUAAUGGGGAGAAGACUAGUUUUUAAAGCAAGUUUGACUUAUUUUCUGACAUUUUUCUAAAAAUUAGAAUUAUUUUACCGCCUUGGCUAGUUAAUUCUGCUACUGGUUCAAGAUGUGACCACAAACCUAAUUAAGGUGGAUAUUUUUUUGCAUACAUGAAUAAAAACCUUGCGUCUCCGUGGUCAGUUUCUCAGGAAUAAAAAAAUAACGGUGCUUAUGGAACAACAACUGCAUGUUUUCAAGUAUUCAUUAGCUUUUCAGCUGUUUUUUUCAUACUAAAAUCGUGAUUAUUAUGGACUAUGAAAAAUUCCGAUAGUGUAGUUUAGCCCCUUUUUUUUACAUCACGAUCAUAAAAGGUUAGCUGAGAGUAAAUAAAUAUGGUACCACUGGCACGCACACUACAUAUUUGAUGCCAGAGACUGCAUGCAUAUUAAGUUUGAGCAACACUCACUACAUAGGCCUUCCCGGUCAUUACACCACAUGCACCUCGCUCCUCUGAACUCAGUGGAACAUCCUUGGCUAUCAAACAUUACUUCUAUCUCAGUGUAAACCCUCUCUUAAAGAGCGGGUUUAAGUCUGGGACAAACAGCAAGAGGCAUGCAGACGGCACGCUAUCAACACACCACAGCAAUGAUCCCAUGCCUUAAAACUCCCAGAUUAAACAUGCACACAUGUCUGCACACAUGCACGCACACACACACACACACCGACCAACACCAAAACGAUAGAAGAGGAGCCUGCAUAUGUUGCAUGUACGGUUUUACAAAUACGCGUGGACAUGUACAGUAUUUACUCGUAAAAUCUUUACAAUACAGCGCCGUAGAGCACACGGGAACCUUGUAAAGGCCUCUUGAUUUGCAAACAGUGUUAUUGUGGGGCUCUUGUAAUGAAUAUUUUCAUGCAUGACUGGUAUUGUAGCACUGUCCUUCAAAUUCAAAGUCACAAUUUGUAAACGGAGAACUGCUGUGACAUGGCAUGGCUCCAUCUACGAGGUCGUGUUGCUUUAUUAUGUUGAAAAAUUGUGCAGACGGAAAUUUUGAUGUAAACCUUUUUUUUUUUAAAACUGAAAACAUUUGACCACUGAUGGGAAGUUACUUGUGUGCACUGGUAAAGAAUUAAAAGGACAUUUUACCCCGG